AUGACAGUCAUCGAUUGUUAUCCCUAUUUCUCCGUCAUCGAUCAAAAUCGCGGCUUCCCCUUCAUCGAUCGAAAUUUCUACUUCUCUUUCACCGUUGGAAAUCUCUGCUUCAACGUUCUCUUCGUUGGAAAUCGCUGCUUCAACUUUCGAAUUAGUUACUUUACCAUUCGAAAUCGCUCACGGAUUUCUCAAAACCUAAUACUUGAGAUCCUUGUUGCGGAAUCUCUUUCCGAUCUUCGCUACGAGGAACUAGACGGAGUCAAGGGAGUGGUCACAAUCAACUUCACCCUUCACCUUUGCGAGGAGGAGUUGAAACAUAAAGUUUCGUUUAGAGAUGUUUAUACCCGUGUUCAUAAGAAAAAGAAAAAAUAUGGAGAAUACGUCUCUCAACGAUUGAGUAGGGAUGUAAAUGGAUAUCCAUGGGGAUGGAUAAUAUGA